AUGAAGUCAGGGAGGAUCACACUCUCCAGAGCUCUCUGGCUGCCCAUGCUAGUCCUGGCUGUGCUCGUUGUUGAAAGCUCUCUCCCUGAGGACUUAAUUUUUCACCCAGAGUGGGGUUUUGAGUCAUUCGAAAUAACUAUCCCCAAGAAACUGAGUUUCAGGGCACAGCAGAAGAGUGUGACCGGGCACGAGUCCUACCUCCUGAAGUUAAAAGGCAAGAAUCACGUCCUCCACUUGCGGCCCAAAAGGUUUUUGUUGCCCCGGCAUCUGCAGGUUUUCUCCUUCACGGAACAGGGGGACCUUCUAGAGGAUCACCCUUAUAUACCCAACGUCUGCAACUAUAUGGGUUCCGUGCAAGAAUCUCGGGAAUCUGAAGCCACCGUGAGUACGUGCAUGGGGGGUCUGCGAGGCAUCCUGAAAAUUGAUGAGGAACUCUACCAAAUCGAGCCCCUCAAGGAUUCUCCCAGGUUUGAGCAUGCUGUGUAUGUCCUGAAUAAGGAACAUUUGAACAACUGGACUUGUGCCUUCACUAAUACUGAAAAAGCAGUGCAAAUGGCCCAGAAUGAGGAAAUCACAAGGCUGAGGGAAGUUUAUGACACCUCCAUGCACCCCAAGUAUUUGGAAUUGUAUCUUUUAUUUUGUCAUGAGAGAUACUUGUUUGUAAAAAGUAAUGUAACUCAAGUCAUAAGUGAUGCCAUUAUUGUGACUUCAAUUAUAGACACCUAUUAUCAAGACCUUGAUUUGAGGGUUAAUUUACAAGCCCUUGAAAUAUGGACUGACAGGCAGAAAGUUAGACCCUAUCUAAAAUAUAUAUCUGCAGUUCUGGUUGAUCUUUUAGUAUACAGAGUAGAGGUCAUAAAUAAACGUAAUAACGCUGAUUGGGCACAUUUGUAUUUGCUAAGGACAUAUGAGGAUGCUUAUGGGGGAUCAUGGGGAGGAUCUUGUACGCGAACUCAUUCUGCAUCAAUAAGUUCAUUUCCAAGCAUGAAUAUCCUUGAACCUGGAACUUGGACUACUCAUGAAAUAGGCCAUAGUAUUAUCAUUCACCAUGAUGAAGACUACUGCUACUGUAAGGGUAAAACCAGUUGCAUAAUGGGCACUGGACGUACUGGAUGGAGCAAUUGUAGUUUUGUCCAUUAUUUCCGAGCCAUAAAUCAAGGGUUAACUUGCCUAAAUAAUAUCCCAGAAACGAGUUAUAGGGUGGAGACUUGUGGGAAUGGCGUUGUGGAAGACGAUGAGGAAUGUGACUGUGGUACAAGAGAAGAUUGUGAAAAAGACCCCUGCUGUCAACCUGACUGUAAACUGACUCCUGGUGCCACCUGUGGCUUUGGCCUUUGCUGUCAUAACUGUCAACUUCGGCCCUCUGGGUAUGUAUGUAGGCAGCAAGAAAAUGAAUGUGACCUUGCAGAAUACUGCAAUGGGACCUCAGGGCUCUGUCCAGAUGACACGUAUAAGCAGGAUGGAACCCCUUGUACCUAUGAAGGCCUUUGUUUUGGAAGACAGUGUCAGUCCAGGUAUUUGCAGUGCCAAAGAAUUUUUGGGCCUGACGCCAGGGAAGCACCUCAAAAGUGUUAUGAUGCAGUGAAUCUAAAGGAGGACCAAUAUGGCAAUUGUGGUCUGCAUAGAGUUGUAAUAUUUAGAAAGUGUCACGAGAAAAAUACGAUAUGUGGCAGACUACAGUGCAUAAAUGUCAGAUUGGUCCCAGAUAUGCCAGAUCACAGCUUAAUAAUUAACACUCAUCUACUGGAAGAAAACCUUAUGUGCUGGGGCACAGGCUACCAUCUUGGCAUGAGAGCUCUGGGAAUACCUGAUCUAGGUACGAUAAAUGAUGGUACCUUCUGUGGGAAGAACCAGAUAUGUUUCAACAAAAGCUGUGUUGAUGUCUCAAUUUUGCGGUAUGAUUGUUUGCCUGAGAAGUGCAACAAUCGAGGCGUUUGCAACAACAAAAAGAACUGCCAUUGCAUGCACGGCUGGGCCCCUCCAUUCUGUGAGGAGGAAGGGUAUGGAGGAAGCAUUAAUAGUGGACCUCCAGGACCCCUAGUUGAAGAGGUGCCUGCAACAGUUCAGGUUGUAUCACUUAUGUUAUUGCGUCUUAUUUUCUUAUUCAUCUCAGUGUUUGCAGUAUUUUUAGUGGGACAGAAACACAAAGUAGAAGAAAAGGAAGAGCCAAAUAUGCCUGAAGAUGAAACAUUCAAGGUCACAGAUGACACGAAACCAAUGCUGUAA